AUGAGCAACAAAGGAGACUUCGACCAGCUUGUCCAGCGUCAUCAAACCCUUCAAGAUGAUACUGAUCUAUCGAGACUCAACACCAAUGAUCUUCUCGUUCUCGCAGACAUGUGGACCAACUAUGUCCGCAGAAUCUACUUCGCCGUGAACUCUCGUUCGGGAAUAGAGAAACUUCCCGCAGAGUUGAUACUCAAAAUCUAUGAGCAAGCCAUCCUACCGUCCAAUUUCUCAAUGCGCUCUCUCUUCGCCACUCUCCACCAGGACACCGAGGAGACAGUUCCGACUCAGUCAUGGCGCUUGCUUGCGACGACCACUCCUCACCUAUGGUCAUACAUCCACGCUAGUGCCUGGAGAUAUGCACCGGAAGACUUUUUCCCGACUUGUCUUCAACGCGCCGGGACAUCUCCCCUUUAUAUCUCCAUAUUUCUGGGUGAUCCGUUCACGAAGGCGAUUGUUGAUCCCGACAUUCAAUCUCGCCUUGUCAGCCUUCGGAUCAUGCUCUCUCCCGAUCCUAUGGGCAGCCACGUUAUCCAAGCCCCCCAGUUGUGGGAUGAUUUCGCCGAGAUCUUCCCCCUCAAAGCACCCCGUCUUCAAUCUCUCGGGGUUGCCUUCCUUGCGCACUGCGUGGUAAAACCCUGGGGCCACAGAAAUCGCUCCAUUCCCGCCGAGGCAUCGGAAACGUUCCUCCCCACCGCUUUUCCGUCGCAAUUACGGGCACUCGCUGUCUCACCGGGAAUCAAGAUUCCGUCCGGCCCUUUCCCAAAACUCACCCAUCUCUCGCUGUCAUUCCGGGACGUUCCUCCACCUUACGAGGACCACCAUCUUGAGGAGCUUCGGGCGCUUCUUGCUUCAUCUUUGCACCUAGAAUUCAUCUUCCUUCGUUACAACUCGGCGCAAAAUGACUGCGUUUGCGCCAGCGAUACGAACGUGGAAAGUGAUCCUGUCUCUCUACCAUCGUUGAGAGCUAUCACGAUCGUCCGCUGCGACUUCAACAGCGCUCGUCGCCUCGUCGACAGCAUCGCACUUCCACCGAAUGCGCACGUGCACCUCAUCCUCAAUCUCAACCGGAAACUCGACCCCAAUUCAGAAUGGCACGCACCUCAACGCCCUUUAUUCUCCACCUGCACCCACCUGUCCCUCCGCCUCUUCCACGAGCGCUUUUCCAUCCUUCUCGACGGCCCACCCCUCCAUUCAGAGUCGAUGCGCCCCGCCGGGCGCCUCCACAUACGGAACCUCUCCCUCCAGAGCCGUCCCCGCGACCUGCGCGGCCUGCCCCUCGCGUCCAUAACAUCGCUCAGGGUCGCCCCGACGCGCGACGCCGCGACGCGCGGCUGCAUGAUGCUGGACACCCUGCUCCUCUUCCUCGCGCGCAUGCCGGCGCUCGACGAGCUCGCCCUCUCCUUCUCGGACGGCGCGCCGCUGGAAGGGCGACACGCCUGCCCGUUCCAGACGUUCCUCUUGCCGCUCUUCGAGGCGCUCGACCCGCGCACGCCGGGGCCGGGCGUGGACGCGCUCUGUCCCGCGCUCCGCACCGUCGCCGUCGACCUCGGGGACUGUCCGACGGGGCCGGCGGACGUCGCGGCGCGGUGGGCGGCGCUGUUCGAGGCGGACUUCGUGCGGGCGCGCGCGGAACGCAGCGUGCGCCCGAUCGAAGCGCUCUUCGCCGAGUGUCGCGGGCCCCGCGAGCUCGGAGGCGCGAGUGAAAUACGGCAGUGGAGGUGGACGUACGAGCGUCCGGAGAGCGUCCCCUCCGUGUGCGCUGUCUCUUCUCAGCGCCCCGACCCUCUCUCCGGCGAGGAGCAGAGCCGCGAGUUGUCUGGUUGGGUUGAAUUGGGCCCUUGGCCGCCUGCGCAAGAAUUUGGGGCGAGUGAGUGGGUGCAGGAGGACAUCGAUAGGGUUGAAGCGUAUCUCGACGCGCCGCAGUAUGUUCAGCACUGGAAGGGCGUCAGUACCAAGUAG